AUGACUCGAAUAGUUGUACAAAGAAAAGCAUUGGGAGGGAAUAAUAAUAAUAAUAACAACAAUCAUAACAAUAAUAAUGUACAAAAUGUAAAUAAUCAACAUGUAAACAACACAUCAACAAGUACUAGCACUACCAGUACAACAUCAACGAGUAGCACAUCAACAUCAACCACUAGUACAACAAGUACUAGUACCAGCGGUAACACUAGUCCAAAGAAUAGCAGUAGAAAUAUAACUAAUAGUGGAAUGGGAGUUGGUAUGGGCUCAAUGGUUGCUACUAGUGGUAGCGGCAGUAGUUAUAAUCCUACUUUAAACUAUAAUAAUAAUAAUAACAAUAAUAAUAAUCCUACCCAAUCUGUAAAUAACAAUAAUAAUAAUAAAACAAACCAAAAGAGAAGAGGCAACAAUAACAACAAUAAUAGCAACAACAGUAAUAUUAAUAAUAAUAAUAAUAAUAAUAAUAAUAAUAAUAACAAUAAUAAUAAUAACAAUAAUAGGAAUAGUGGAGGUAGUAGUAGUAGUAGUAGUAAUAAUAGUCCACCAUCAAAUUAUCACAGCUCUCAUUCUGAUGAAGAGAAUAAUAGCGCAGAUGAAUAUGAACCUCCACCAAUACAACAACCAGUACCAACAACUACUACAAAUAGAAAUAUUUUAAACAGUAAUAAUAAUAAUAAUAAUAAUAAUAAUAAUAAUAAUAAUAAUAAUAUUGCCAUGAAUAAUAAUAAUAAUCAAGUAAUACAAGAUGAAAGGUUAUUUGAAGAUAUAAUUAAAAAGAAAAAAGGAUAUGUACUAAAGAGAAUGAAAGAAGAUGGAAAUUGUUUAUUUAGAUCUAUAGCUGAUCAAAUUUAUGGAGACCAAGAAAUGCAUGGACAAGUUAGAGAAAAAUGUAUGGAGUAUAUGAUGGCAGAAAGAGAUCAUUAUUCUCAAUUUAUUACAGAGGAUUUCGAUGAAUAUAUAAAAAGAAAGAGAAAUGAUAAGGUCUAUGGAAACAAUGUUGAAAUGCAAGCCUUGUCAGAGAUUUUCAAUCGUCCUGUAGAGGUUUAUCACAAAACUCUUGAACCAAUCAAUAUAUUUCAAGGUUCCUACAAGGGAAACACUCCAUUAAGAUUAAAUUAUAGAAAUGGAAAUCACUAUGACUCACUUCAUGAUAUGAAUAAUCCUUCUGUUGGUGUUGGUUUAGGACUUCCUGAUUUUCAUCCUGGUAUGGCAGAUAAAUCAUUAAUAGAAAAGGCAAUUAAAAAAUCAGAUAUGGAAUUAUUAGAGAGACAAUUAUUUGAAGAUUCAUUAUUUGCAUCGGAUUGGAGAGAAACUGAAAAUGAAAUUGAAGAACAAGUAAUGGCAGCAUCACGUGCUGAAUUUUUCGAUUCAUUAUUUAAAUCAAAACCAAAACCUGGAUCUUAA